GUUGAGGACAAUGCGCGGUGUACUUUAAGCUCCGGCAAUGUCGGAGGGACCGAGCCAGCGGCUGAGAGGUCGUCCUCGUGGACGUAUGGAAAGUUUUUCCAUGUCUCGAGGAGGCGACUCGUCACCGUAUGGAGCUCAUCGUCUCUCCAAAAAGCCGCCGUCAUCGCUCACUAACGAGUGUGUGACCAAUGUUGAACCUGUUCUACUCACGCAGAGAUGGACGGUAAACAAUUUCUCAUCACUACUCAAGUUAUCUCAACCUGGGCUAUGUCUGAGGAGCAGCGUAUUCAAAGACCCCUCAAUGCCUGAUGCUUGUUGGCAGCUCUGUCUAUAUCCAGGAGGGAAACGACCGGAAAAUGCGAAUAAUGUAUCGCUUUUCUUGAAAAUGUCUGCAACCUCUCCAUUGAAGGAGGUCAUCGUCAAAGCAGAAUAUCGUUUCUUUUUCCUUGAUGAAGACGAUGAGAUCAAGUUCAGCAAUGUGAAUAUUGGCGAUUUCCAUGCCAAACCACCGAAAGGAGGACAUUCAUGGGGUUUACGCAAUAUCCCAAGACAAAAGGUUCAAAAUAGCAUUCGUGCAGACCACUCACUGGUGAUUUCGUGCACGAUAGAGCUAUUACCUGAUGCAGGGCGUAUACCUUGUCGGAGAAUUGAACCUAGCGCUUUGGUUAUCACUGAUAUGGCGGAAGUGUCGAGAGCGCAUAUGCAAAAUGAAUUAGCCAUGUUUACUGGUGAGGAAUGUGCACCUUACUCGGAUUUGACUGUAGCAGUCGGACCAGAAGAUGAUCGGGUAACCUAUGCAGUGCAUAAAUAUAAACUUAUCACACAUUCUGAUGUAUUCCGUGCCAUGCUGGAACAUGAUAUGGAGGAAAGCAAGACCAACACUAUAAUAAUUGAAGAAUUCUCGCACUCUGCUGUAAAAAUUAUGCUUACAUUUAUCUAUACGGGAUCGAUAUCUCCGCCUGAGCUGGAGCUCGAGGAUGCUUCGGAUGUAAUGCAAUUGGCGGAGAAGUACAAUAUCCCGGCUCUAAAAACUAUGUGCGAGCAAGAUUUGAUAUCAAGAGUAUGUGCUGCUAAUGUUGUUGAUUGUAUGGAAUUGGCAGAUUAUCACCAAGCGAGUCACUUGUAUGAACAUUGUCUCGAUUUUAUGAAUGCGAAUAGAUGUGAUACACUCAACACGGAAUCCUGGUCGUCACUGAAAGAUCGAAAUCCGAGGCUGAGCAGCUCAAUUAUGGAAAGGAUGAUACGCUCCGAUCACAGCAACUCUCCACCAGUGAAGAAAAGUCGUUUAUAGUAAGGAAUUGAUGGUUAUGUAAUUUUUGAUGUAAGUUUCUGGUGCUCUUUGUGAUUUUCGUGUUUAUCGCAUGAUAUAUAUUCCUUUAUAUGUUUCCUCGAUAAUAUUGCUGUCAUAUAUUUUUUAGAAACGUUUUUGUAUAGGAAGUGUUUUUUCGUCACCGCACACACACGCGUCUGAAGUACAUUCUCAUGUCGUCGUUGCUCUGCCUCAUUGCGCUCGCUUAUAUCUGUGUUCAGUAGUUCCAGUUUAUUGCGAGACAUACAUUAGGGUCGGUGAUGCUAACGGGUUAAUAUCUUUGUGUAUGGCUUCACAAAUAGGUAUGCCUUCGUAUCAAUAAUCAUAUUGUUCAUUAAUCCACUUCCUGAAGACCAAAUCUGCUUGAAUUUAUGUAAAGCAAAAUGUAGUUUUUCGUUAUCCGUAAUUUCUAUGUAGAAUUUUGCUCGUUUCCUGACCCAUCCUAUCGUCUCAUAAUAUCACAUUAAUUUUGUUUGUCAUGGUGCGCUUAUGGGCAGUAGCUUUAGCGGUCGCUGUAAUGCAAUGUGAUUUUAUUUUUUGCCUUUCGCGUUCUGCUGCGGCUUCUCGCAAUGUAUAUAUCCGCCAUGAACGUCUGUGUUUGUUAUUAUUGCUGAAGUAAACUCAUGAAGGCUGA